AUGGUCAAACUUACCAACUUUCCGCCGCCUUCCGAGGGCAUUCACUGUGAACAACCUGAUGUCGAAGCAUAUAUUAAACGGAAAAACAUAGGUCCAGGAAAACUCUAUGUUGCUGAAAGUCGACUCUCAUGGGUUGGAAAUGAAAAUGGCAAAGGGUUUUCUCUGGAGUACCCUGCGAUUUCAGUUCAUGGAGUUUCCAAGGACACAGUCAAUUUUCCUCAUGAAUGUAUUUACAUGAUGAUCAAUUGUUUUAUAGAUGACGAAAAUGAUGCUGGCUCUGAUGAAGAGGAUGAUCCAUUCACAGAAAUCCAUCUUGUACCACAUGACAAAGCAGCAUUGAAUCCAAUGUUCCAGGCCAUGUCCACAUGUUCUGCUCUUCAUCCAGAUGAAAACCAGGAGACAGAUUCUGAAUUUGAAGAUGUUGAAGAGGAGGAGGGAGGAGAAGGAGAUGGAGAUACAGAAUAUUAUACAAGUGCUGCUGGGCUUGCAAAUCUUUCAAUCCAGGGACAAGAAAAUCUUGCUCGCUUAGAAAACAUAUUUCAAGGAAGUGGAGAUGGUGCCAUCUCCGCUCCUAAUGGUGUGACUAUGAUCUCAGCCAGCAAUGGCAAUUCUGAAGAACAAUCCAUGGAAAUUGGACAAUUUGAUGAUGCUGAUUCUUGA